GGAAAAAGCGGCUCUCAUCGGACUGAGUCUCUCAGCUGACGCGGCGCUGGGGACCGAAAACACCGAGGUGCUGCAGUUGUGGACAAGAGGUGACUGGCCACGUCCACCCUGUGCAGCAUCCUCCUGCAGCGCUUCACCAUCAUGACAGGUCUAAUUCUGCUACCAACUCUGCUGAAGCUGCUGUCUCUUCACCGCCAUGGCGCUCCCGGACCUUGACUCUGUUGCCAUGGUAGCCCUGUAGCACGAGGCCCGUAACUCCAGCAUGUUGCCCUGUUAGUCACAUGUAAAAGAUCCAGGUAUCUAUUUCAAUUUGCUGCCAUGGCAAUGCUGUGGAGACGCCCUUUAAAGUCAUAACUCUGUUGCUAUGGUAAUUCUGUAGCUAGCAACAGUCGCUAUGGGAACAUCCAGGAUGUUCCGCAUCUUUGUGGUCCUGGGCUCUGCCUUCAUGAUUCUCCUGAUCAUUAUUUACUGGGAUGACGUCAGUGCCUCCCACCUCUAUCUGCACACGCCGGUGUCACCGGGUCCAAGAGUCCCGCAUCCUCCCCCGCAGCCGCAGCCUCACACCUCCCGGACCCCGUCCUUCCUGUCGGAUAUCGACGCCUUCGUCAACCAGUUCCUGGAGCCGGGGACCGGGGAGCCCACCGACACGGUGCCGCCCGACACCAGCAACCAGUCGGAGAAGGCGGAGGAGCGCUACGUACCGCGGAGAGAGUGGAAGAUCCACCUGACGCCCGUGGCGGCGGAGCUCCGCGAGAGACAGGAGCAGAGGCGGCGGAUCCUUCGGGAGCUUUGUGCCAACGACAGCAUGGUGUUCCCCGGCAAAAACCGCUCAUUUGAUGACAUUCCCAACAAGGAGCUGGAUCAUCUCAUCGUGGACGACAGGCACGGUAUUAUCUACUGCUACGUUCCAAAGGUAGCGUGCACUAACUGGAAGCGCAUCAUGAUCGUUCUCAGCGAGAGCCUCCUGCAGGACGGCGUUCCUCAAAGGGACCCCCUGGCCAUCCCCCGGGACCUGGUGCACAAUAGCAGCAUGCACUUCACUUUCAACAAGUUCUGGAAACGCUACGCCAAGUUUGCAAGACACCUCAUGAAGGUGAAGCUGAAGAAGUACACCAAGUUCCUGUUCGUGCGGGACCCGUUCGUGCGUCUCAUCUCCGCCUACAGGAAUAAGUUUGAGAUGCGCAACGAGGAUUUCUACCGACGCUUUGCACAGGUCAUGCUGCGUCGCUAUGCCAACCAGCCCACACCUCCUGCCUCCGUGGACAAGGCUUUCGCUCAGGGCAUCCAGCCUUCUUUUUCUCACUUCAUCCAGUACCUGCUGGACCCCGAGACGGAGAAGGACAUGGCCUUCAACGAGCACUGGCGCCAGGUGUACCGACUCUGCCACCCGUGCCAGAUCCAGUACGACUUUGUGGGUCACCUGGAGACGGCAGAGGAGGAUGCGGAGCAUCUGCUGCGCCUGCUGCGGGUGGACAACGUGGUGGACUUCCCCUCGUCCCACAGGAACCUCACGGCCAGCAGCUGGGAGGCCGACUGGUUCAGCACAGUCCCCGUGGAGACGCGGAGAAAACUCUACAAGCUCUACGAGCCCGACUUCAGGCUCUUCGGCUACGACAGGCCAGACUCCAUCCUCAACGAGUGAUGCUUCUUUCUUUUCUUUCGCCAUCACUGACAGAUGUUUUUGUAUGUAAUGAAGUAACGCCACGCGCCACAAAAAGGUGCGAGUGCCGACCUCAGAUAAGAGAAGACAGCCUUGCUGGAUUUCAACAUAUCACGAUAAGGGGAACAGAGACGAACGCGCUUAUUGCUCGGGGCUUUGCACACGUUUUCCCCAGCGUUUUUUCUGCUGCACUGAACGUGCACAAGAUUAAGGACACUCCAUCAUGUACGGAAGCACACGGAUGACUCGUCGCCACGAUCCAUUAACAUUCUCCUGCUUUCAGAUGAACAGAAAAAAACACUCACACUUAGUGUGUGCUUUUUUUUUUUUUUUUUUUGGUCCCUGAAAUGUUGCACAUUCAGCUAGUUUAAACUCCACGGUUGAGUUGUAACGGACUUCAGAGAUCACAGGCUUCAGAUGUCUGAACAACUGCACCACGGAGCCCAACAAGUGCUUGUUCGCACACAGAAACUUCUAAUUUUUACUUAAUAACACACUUGAACAUGCAAGUGUCUGGGAAUUAGAUUUUAAAAAAAAAGAAAAAUGAUGGAUGUUUCUAAAUAAUGUUUGAUUUUCCUGAGCGGUAUUUAAGUGCAGUGUUUGCUAAGCAUGAAAGGGAUUUUAAUGUUUUGAAAUUGCAUAUUGAAUAGAGUCGGCAGCAACAGAAGCAGAGUUUUAUACCUCAAAACCUGGAGACGCGUUGCAUGAAAGAUGUUUAACAACAAACAUUUUUUAAAAAAAGAAUCAGACCUAUUUGAAAUAAAUUCAGCAUGCAGAGUUUAUUUUGACACGGUUGUAGUUGCUUGCUUUUUUAUUUUACACGGGUUUGUAAGUGAACGCGCUGCGGCGUAGCUUCAGCGUGCAGAAUUGCAGCAGCAGCUCGGCUGGAUUCGUCUCGGCUUGUCUUUGAGACAUAAAACUGGAGAUUCAGCAUUCUUCUGGUCCCCAGCUGCACGUGUUCAGGUGCAACCGUGAACUUAAUCACUUUUACAAAGGGAACUGUUUUUGUUCUUGGUUUUUUGGUUGUUUUUUUUUCCAAUCGUAUUUUGUUGCCAUCAGAAUUGAAACUUUUGUUCUUGUGUUUUCUCACUCAAAGUUAAGAUUUACUUACAACAGUUGAGGCUGUAAUGGAUCAGCUGAAUAUGUUUUAUUGUUUAGUGGCAGCAUUUUCACAGCCUGGUCAGCCAUGCUCAUUCUUUUCCUCUUUGAUAAUUGAGAAUCUGAUUUCAGGUUCACCUUUUUAAAAGGAAAAAAAAUGUUGAUACAAUUCUGAAUCCAUCUUGACUGUUUGAAUAAUUGCUCAUUGUUGCUGUCAGUCCAUACAGUCCCACCCCCUUGUGAUUGGCUCGGUACGUUAUGUACCGGUGGAAAUGGCUGUAAAUAGAAGGUGCCAGAUCCAUUUGACCCACGUACGGCUGACCAGGCUGACAUUUUUAUGAGAUGCACUGUAUUUGUAGCGUUACUUGAACCCAACAGAGACUGUUUCUGCAUGUUGUGAGGAUGCAUAGAGGUUGGUUUGAUGCUUGAAUAUUAAACACUUCUAAAGCUGGUGCAAAACGAGACCACAAUCAGUAUUAGUUUAAGGGAAGACGUGAAACAUAAAGGUUGGAUCAUGUUGGCGUUACAUUGAAAUCAAUUAGGUUUCUUGAUUUAUUUGAGAAAAUAGUGCCUUUGGUUGCAAAAGUUUACACAGCAAAAAAAAAAAAGAACUAUUUUUGUAGGACUUAGUUUUUACUCAUCACAACACAGUGAGAGCUGUCUGAAGCCCCAGUAAGUUAUAUUUGAUAUAUUGGGACUUGUUUAUCUAUGGUGACCUCUAUUUGGGACCAAUAGGGAAAAAAAAAAUGAAACCCUUAAGCAGAAUUUUAAGGUGUAAUUUGAUCAUUUGUACGAUGUCUUUGAUGUUCUCUCCAGUGUGAUUGUGUUCGGUGGUUUGAAAGUGCGUCCACUCGUCCUGCAGGAUUUCUGUGUGGGUCAAACUGUGAUGUCAGAUGUGCUCUUUGCCAAAUAAUUGGAAUCAUGGAGAUUUAUCCAUGUUGCGUUUGUGUUAUCUCAGUGACUUCUGUUUAAUUUGGAUCAUUGUGGAGUGUCGUCUUUAAAUGUACAACCAUUUGUAUGUUUGUGUUAAUUUUCCCUCCAAAUCAAAAUUUUUCGGAUGAUGCGGUCGAUCAGCCUACCCACCUCACCAGUGUUUGUACCGUCGAGUACAAGUCCAGUUGUAAUUUCAUCUUUUUGUGUUUGUUUUUGUUCUUUGUGAGUGUCCAAACUGUCAGAGAUGGUCUGAUUUUGUCUGUUUUACUGUCAAAGUGCCAAGAAAUAGAUGUAAAACAAACCCAGAGAAACAAAAUAAUGACAAUUGUUUGUAAGUUUAAAAAAAAAAAAAAAAAAAAGCCCAUACAUUUAUUUCUUGGCGAAAUAAAAAUGAUGAGUAAAUGCUGCUUUUGCAAAUGGGAACUUCGUCUACGAGGGUUAAUGAUGCUUCAUAAACGCUGAUGUGCUCUGAUGUGACCUGUCGCCACGGCAACAGUCGUGCAUGAAAGAACAAUCUGUGUCCUACGUUUUGACCUCAUCCCAACUGCAUAUUAUAGUGAGAAACACGCCAGAUACUUCUCAGAUGUUUGACCUGGAACUCAUGAGAGAAAUAAAGGCUGUGAGGCAUGAAAGGAAUAUUUUAGUCCGUCUUUGCGAAGCGCCUGUAUCAAAUGGAUAAAAGCAAUUAUUCAGUGUCAAUAUGGAUCAUAAAGAUGUCAUACAGGAGAAUUAUUUCUCUGUGAUAAGGAUUAACGUGAAAGCCCUCAAAAAUGAGAACAAAGAACGGCGUUAAACAGCUUCAACAGAAGAACAAGGCAAGAACUAAUAUUUGAAAUGUAGAUAAGUCAACUUGGCACACAUACGGCUGAUAAAUAUUCAUGGCGUGCAUCACAGGUGGGAUCAGCAGUCUAAUUUUAGCUGUUUAAUACUCCUUGUAGCAUCCUCAAGGUGUCACUGUGUUCAUAUUUAUCUCAAUCUUUAGUCGGCUAUCGCUCCAUCGCUCACAGAAAUGGUCCUUUUUUAACAACACAGUUGGCACAACCCUCUGUAUCGCGUGUUGACUAUGUAAGCAAUAGUUUGGGCCUCCGUGCGUUUAAAGUGCAGAGGAACGGAGCGACUUGGAGGCCCGGGGCUUAAGAUGUUUACGUAAGAGAGAAACUUUGGUUUCAUUUUGAUCCAGAGCCUCAAUGAUGACUCAGAGCUGCACCGAGGCAGAACGUUUCAGAGGAGACAUCAUUCCCACAUUCCUGGUCAACGUCCUGCUGGCUGAGCAAAUCCAAGCUACAGAUGUGGAUGCAUUAGGAACAA